AUGGAGGAAAGAUUUGAGUGGAGAUGGAUGGGAUCCCCUCUUGAGGAAAAGCUGCAUGAAUAUAUCCGGAGCAUGGUUGAAGAGGAAGACCUUGACUGUCUUGCUAAGAAGAUCACUGCCUACUUUGACAUAUGGCCAUUCAAAGAAUUUUCCCUUAGAUGCUGGAGAAUACUCAGCGACAAACUCAUUGAUAUCAUUUCCUCACUGGAGAAGAAAUACUUUUCCGAGGGAAUACAAAUGUUCAAAAUGUCUGAGGAAGAUAAAAGCCUUCUUAUUGGAAUUUUCAAGCUCUUUCAAAGGAUAUUUGGGUAUUCAAGACAAAGACAUCCUCUCGAUGUUUCUACACAAGUUAUGAAGUUCAUAUAUGCAAUGGAUCUAGAUGUUGUGAUUGAAGCACAUAAGAUGCUUGUGUUCUGCCUUAAUUAUUCGAUUGGGCUGGAUGAGUUUUCUGAUGACCAUGACAUUCUGUUCAAAUGCCUAGGAAUCAACUCGGAGUUAAAUGGAGAGAAGAUCCUUAGUCUCUCGGAGAAGGCCUUUGUGAGUAUACCCAAGGAUCUAGAAGGAGAAGAUGUGUUUUGGACUCUUAAGAAGAAUGUAGAUGAGUAUGGAAGAGGGAAUCUUGUGUUUGAACUUCGGCAAAGAAUAAAUAAUGAAAACAGAGAUGGCCUGAAUGUGUUGAAGGUCCUUGGAACAUGUAUAUUUCUGAUCCUUGCAAAGGGAGAAGGAGCUUUUGAUGAAAUUGUGGAAAAAAUAGACUUUGGAGAAAUUUGGAGAUUUGCAGGCGAGGAAUUAUCCGAAAACAUGGAAUUUGCCAUCAUGAACCUUCUGGACAUAUUGAUCUAUGACGAAUUUGACUUUGGAAGGAUCUCACGAAUCCUUGAACUAAGCAACACCAAAGGAUUUUUCUACAAAAGAUUUGUAAAUGGAUUUGAUGAGUGGACGUUUGAAAGACACAUGGUGUUUCUUAUUUACAACACACUCGUGGGAAGCCAAAAAACGAAGUACCUCAAGAUGAAUGUCCUUAUGGAAGUACUUCCGAAAUUUCAUGAAUGCUCGCCAGAUGUUCGAUAUCACUUUCUUCGUACAGUUAGAAUGCAUUGUAAGGAAACCAAUUCCCGUGGAACUGCCGAGUUUAUUUCCAGAAACGGCGUAGGGAUUUUAACAGAAUACCUUAGACAUGCAGAAAAAUACGAUGUAAAUGAAAAUGUAAAUCUCAAAUAUUCGUUGAAGAUACUAAGUGAGAUCUACAUGGACGAAAGGAACAGAGGAGUGGUGGGGAAUUUCGAAGACAGUCCUUUUCUUGAUGUAAUUGUUGCAACUAUCCAAAAGCUUUGCCUUUUUGAUUCCCGUAUUGUAUCUGUUUGUAUAGGAAUACUAUCUUCCUUCAUGUUUGAAGAGCCGCUGAAUCUGCCCAUAUUCAUGGAAAGAGGAGUGAAUGUAGUUCUGAAGACACAACUAUCUGUUGAGCAUACUCUGGAAUAUGUUUCUGCAUUUGUUUCUUAUAUUGAUGCAUUUUCCUUGAACCUCUCCUUUCAGAAGGAGAUAUCUCAUGGGGAAUAUCUCUUUAAGCUUCUAGUACUAUGCAGAGAGGAAGAGUUCCUUGGUUCAAUGAGCAAUACAAACAAGAUGGUAUCCCUUCUGAAUGUCCUCAUAAUGCAUCAUCCGAUAUUCAAGGAGGACAUCUUAAAGUUCUACAGGUUUGAGAUUGGGUAUCUGAAAAAUCUUUUUUCGGAGGAGUCAAGCAGUCUUCUUGUAGAAAAGGAGUACUGCAUCGAAAUCUUCAACAACUUUUUCAGUCUUGUGGAAAAAAUGGAGGUUUAUCCCGAAGAGAAAGACGCCGACGGAUUCUUUAACAAUGUAUUUGAUCUGGUUACCAAUCCGGCGUAUUCUUGCAACAUGCAAAACUUCUUCAAGGGAUCUUUUGGAGAGGUCUACCGAACGAUCUAUAGAGAAUCCCGCACAUCUCUUGAUAAGCCGUUUGAGCAGUUGAUAUCCGACACAAUGAAGAUCAUAGAGCUUAGUAGAAUGAGCGAAGAACAGGAUACAAGAGAUUGGAAAAAAGCCAUGAAAAUGGAGCAGUGGUGCGGGGCAGAGGCUGAUGAACUGAUAUUUUCUUAUGAAAGUCAGAUUUCCUUGGCCUGCAUUCUUUGCGAAGAUUUUAUGGAGCUAAUAGAUAAUGGGGUAAAGACAAGACUGUUUAAAGCAAUGGCAGACCUGUAUCUUAUGCUCAUCCGAUUCUCGGGAGCCUUUAUUUCGAUCAGCAACUUUGAAGAGCACAGGUUUUUAUCUACAUACAGAUCUAUAAGACUCAAGCUUGAAGAAAGCACCACAAAGGAAAGCAUCCGAUUGCAUUUGCUGCAGUCUGUGUAUCUUUGUAACCUGUUUCUACUCCAGAGAAUGUACCUUUUGGAGAUCAAGGAUUCAUUUGACAAGACUCUUGAACUUGUUGAGAGGCUGGUGGAAGUAAUGGCUCUUGAAGGAGAUGACUCGAUUACCCUUGGACUAAGAGCGAUAGAGAGGCUGAGCAAGAACUUUGGGAAAGAGCACUAUGAAGCAAUAUCUAGAGAAUGGUUUAUAAAGAGCUUGCUUAAACCCCACUCUAGAAGCGACAGGUUAAUUGCAGUUAUAAACUUCCUUUCGUCCCAAUUAUCAUCCAAAAUAAAUAGCGAUCCGAAGCUAAGGAGUAUGCUUCUGGAGUAUCUGGAAGAAAUAGACAUCAGCGUCUCCUCGGAUCUCCGUAAAGUUGAGCUAAGUAAUAUGGUCAUUGAGGCCAUUGGGAGAAUAUUUGGAGAUGGAGGGUCGCUUUCAGAUGACGAAAUGGAAAUGAUUUUCAGAAUUUAUGAGAGGUUUUAUAUAUCUCCAUUGUGUUCGAGGCUGAUGAUUAAGAGAAUGAUAAGACUACCAAGAUUUACAAUGAGACUGGUUCGGAUAAAAGCAUUUCCGACAUUCCAAUAUUUCCUUAUGAAAGAUGAGAAAGUGUAUGAGCAUGCAUGCUUUAUUGUAAAUAGAUUCUUUGAGUAUUCUGACGAAUUCAUUGAAAUGGCUAGUAAUGUUCUUCUGUUUGGAACGGUUGGGCGAUGUCCUCAUAGGAUAGAUAUCAAAGAGAUCGGAAAGAAGAUUUCAGGACUUGUUAUGUCUGAAGUUUCGUCGCCAAAGGUACUGUUUUUCCUAAUUAUGUACUUUCGGCUGCUUCAUCGGUUGGGGAUGCCCAGACAUUGUGGAUUUGAUCUUGGAAAGUUGAUUUCACGAGUUAAAACAUGUGACGAGAUGACUUUGAUGAGAAUACUCAUCAGCUACAUAAUAACCCCGGAUAUCGAUAGUAUUUUGGAAAGGUCUGGAAUUCCCUCAAGAAGGAUUAGGAGCAAGGAUAGAGAAUUCUUAAAGUCCCAUGAUUUCCUUAUAUACAGAGACUAUGAUCUUUUUGUUGAGAAAUGUCUAAAGAAGUCGGGUCUUGGACCUAUAGAUGGGAUCUGCUUCAAACAUGGAUGCAAUAGGACUUUCUCUCUAAAGGGAGAAGAGAUAUCUGUAUCGGACAAGGAAAUCGACUGCAGCAAGACUUUCAUUAGAAAGCUCGUUCUUUUGCUGGAUACCCAAGAAUAUUUCGGAAUGGUAAUUCAGCUUCUCUGCGAAAUGAUGUUUAACCAUCCAUCUCUUUUGCACGAUAUAUGUAGAUAUCAGGUUUUGGACAUUGUGUAUGAAAGAUGCAUUAGAAAAAUGGAUGUAUCAAGCAAGCACAAGGUGACUGGAGAACUGCAUUGGGGUAUAAUGCUGUUUGUCAUUGGACUCUAUUCGGAGGUUCUUUUGUCGAAGUCCAGCACAGGUUCUGAGAAGAAAAGCGAGACUGAGCAAGAAAACACAAGAAAGAGUCUUCCAUCUGUAUCUGACUUUCUCCUUGAAAAGAUCAAAGAUGGAUCCAAUGAGGACUUUCUGAACGUGUCGUUCAUACUUGUUAGAAGCCUCACACCAUUGUUUAUUCUAAGGCACGAAGAUGAAGAAGAUACAACCAUGGAGAGGUUCCGAGAGAUUUCGAUUUUUAUGGGAUCAGUAGGGAUCUUUGAGAAGAUUAUCAAGAGAAUAAUUGCUGUUGAUGAAAGCGACCCAAAAUACAUAACAUGCAUCCAAUGUUCGCUGGACUAUCUUGGAAGGGUUUUUAGGCAUUGCUACGGCGACAUUCUUCAAGAUCUGGACGACUAUGGUGACGACGAAUCCCGUGAGAUUGAAUACUAUAGUCUCGUUUCCGAGGACCAUGGAUUUGAGGAAAGUAUUUUUGACUCCGACGAGAGCUAUUUUUUUGAUGAUCCACCAUUCCAUGAAAUUGAAGAGGAGAGGGCCAUGGAGUCUGAUGAAGCGGAAAGCUCCUCACAAUCGGAAAAUACAGUGUUCAUCAAAAGCAUUGAAAACGAUCAUGAGAUGCCAACGGAAAUGUAUCUGAUUAGCUCCGAGUAUUACAAUAUUUCUGCAGAAAGUAGAACCGAGAUCGAGGCUCUUAUGUGCAGAAAGCUCUACGUCGACUUAAUUGAUAGCAGCACAAGCUGCUAUACCUGGAUGGUUAAUAAUUUCCAAAAGAGUAUAGUUUGUGAGCUAAGGGAGCCGAGUGUUCAUUGUAAGGAGCCUGAGAGGUCUUUGAAUGAAGAUGACAAGGAUGAGGGCUAUGUCACUGAUGGUGAGGAAAAGAUGAUAUGGAAUUUCGAACCAACAAACGAUGAAGAUAAUCUGGAAGAUACAAAUGAAGCCUUGGACACUUCAAAUCCACCAGAUAGAGAGGAGAUAGAAGAGGAGAAUGAGGACGUUGGAUCCUCGGAAUCUGAUGUCGGGUCUCAGAACGGAGAGAUUCCGACUCUUGACCCUGAUAAUCUCAACAGAAUGGAGGAAGACGAGCUAAACGAAGUUCUGAAAGCCUAUUUCGACGAGAGACGAUCCCUAUCGCUGACUUAUAUACCUCUCCACACGGGUUUCUAUGAAAGGCUUUCUUCCCGUGUAAGACCUAUGUUUGAGGAGAUGGAAAGAGUGUAUAGAGAGAGUUUCUUCUACGACAUUAGAACCGAGUCUACCAAGGAGAGUGACGAAGAAAUCAUGGAAACCAAAGAGAAUCUCCUUGAGAUGGAUCUUUCAACAUUUGAAGAAUUCAUCAAGAAAUCUAUCGUCGAAAAGGAUUUCCCAUUUGCCAAGAGCUGGAAGUUAGUUGAUGCACUUUCCAAGGAUACAAAAAUGAAGAGUGUUGUCUUCAAAGUAUCCAACAGCAUGAUCUCGUCAAUUUCAUCAUCUCAGGAAGGAGACCUUAAUAAUUACGACGCAGUGAAAUUCCGAAGAACUUUGUGCUUUCUUCUUAGCAUCGUUAAAAGCUCAAUAAGGUACUAUGGCUAUUUCCGAGAAAACCCUGAAAUUGUAAGAAAAGUUUUUAUUCUUCUUGGAAAGGUGAAAUUAACCAAUGAUCUUUUGAGACUAGUGACUGACUUCAGUGUUAUCUUUAGGAAGGACAAGGACUUUGUCUUUGGCCAAGACAUCGAUUUGGAAAAUAUUCUCGGUUGCUUUGGAAGAAUGGUUGACUCUGAAUGCUUCAACCUUCUUGAGGAGUUCAUGGAGAACACCGCCGACCACUUUGGCCCGAGAUUCCUAGAUAUUAUUCUGGUAGAGAUAAAGCAGCAAUUUUCGAUCCUCUCCAAAGACAUUGGAAAGGAGUUUCCUUCCGAUGCAUUUCUAGAAAGUCAAAAGAUAUUUUUGAGACUUUGGAAGAUGAUGACAAAAGUUAUAGGAAGAAGCAAUUUGUGUAGUGAGGAAAGAGACAUUGCACUUCUGAGUCUGAUGCUGAAUCCUCUCUGGAAUGUGUUUUUUGAAAAUCAGAAGAACAAGGAAUCGAUUGAAGACCUCAUUAAUGUAUCGGAUAUCUACGAAGCUUUUUUUGUUGUUGGAAAGGUGUUUGAAAAUAGGUUCGGGGAAACAGAGAAUACAGGUUGCGCAGAGAUGUGCAACAAGUUCCAAACAUUCUAUAAAAAGAUUAUAGAGUUACGGGCCAAGCAGAUUAACUUACUUGCCGAUGAAAGACCAGAAAAGCUUUUCAGAAACUUCAACAGCCUCAUAAGUCAUUCAAUACUAACGUUCAGUAACAAAAAGAAAUAUCUGUCAAGAAUGCUCUCUGUGGAAGGAGUGGAUAAAUCCUCGUCUUUCUACAGAGUUUAUGUAGAUAGGAACGAUGUUCUGAGGAGUUCUUAUUUUCAAGUGAUGGCAAAAAGUCCUGAAGAAUUCAGAACAAGAAGACUCGAGAUAAAGCUAACUGGAGAAGAAGGCUUGGACUAUGGAGGAUUGACAAGAGAAUGGCUGGUUCUUCUCUCAAAGGAUUUUCUUGAUCCUAACUUUGCUCUUUUUGAGUUUUCCACCGAGGACAAGACAGUAGCUGUUCCAUGCAAGAACAGUUAUGUUAAUCCCGAGCACUUGUCUUACUUCAAGUUUGUCGGGCGUAUCAUGGCAAAGGUUAUAAUGGAUGGAAACUUCAUCAACUUGUAUCUACCGAAGUUUAUCUACAAGCAUAUCCUUGGGAAGAGUUGCGAUCUACAGGACCUAGAAUCUGCAGACCCUGAAUUCCACAAAUCGCUUGUCUGGAUAAGAGAUAAUUCUGUUGGGAAAUCUCUAGGACUAACAUUUUCGUUCGAUGACGUGAGCUUUGGAGUUCAUAGAACUGUCGAAUUAGUAAAAGGAGGAGCAAAUAUCUUUGUGGAUGACUCGAACAAGGAAGAAUAUAUAAAGUUGGCGACACAAUACAGGCUAUUUGAUGGAGUCGAACUUCAAUUAUCUGCACUAAAGUCAGGACUGUUUGAAAUACUUGGAAAUAGAGCUCUUGAGAUGUUUGACGAGAAUGAACUUGAGCUUCUAAUCUGUGGAAUUCCUGAUAUAGACAUUGAUGACUGGAAGAGUAAUACCCUUUAUUAUGGAUAUACAGAGAGCUCAAAGACCGUUAUUUGGUUUUGGAAAGCAGUUAAAAGCUUUGACUCUGUCAACAGGGCAAGACUUCUACAAUUUGUGACUGGAACAUCCACCUUGCCGUUUGAAGGGUUCUCGCAUUUACAAGGAAACAAUGAGAUCCAAAAGUUCUCGAUCCAUAAGAUCUCUGACAGAACAGACAGCCUUCCCACUGCGCAUACAUGCUUUAACCAACUUGUACUUCCAGAGUAUUCCUCCUAUGAAAGCCUUCUGAAAUAUUUGAUGUUGGCCAUCAAUGAAUGCUCUACAGGAUUUGGUUUUAUCUAA